GUUCGUCCGAUAUCGCGUACAGACCAUCCACCGCCACAGCGUGGACGUCCGACGUCUACACUGCAGUGGCCGCGCGCGUUUCGUCCCGCACGACAAAACCGUAAACGACGUGCCUACCUGCACGCGCGUAUAUAACAUCACGACGGUAAAAUAUUGUUUAUCCGCUCGCGGGGCACACCUGCGACGACGAACGCGCCGCACGACGUAUACCCCGGUCCGUCGUCCGCGUUCAGGCGCUGCGAUACCAAUAAUAUUCGUUGAUAAUAAUCGCCGUCCGCGGCCUACUCGCCGCGCGAUUUCCGAGUUCCGACUGCUGCGCUGCAGGUAAACGAGUGCGCGGUUGUUUCGACGAGACGGCAGCCGCCGGAACAUUGACUUCCGAACAGUGUGUCCGGUGCGAAAAACGGUGGUCCGGUGUCCGUUAUCAUAACAAUAUAACGCCGCAAUAUUAUAACAUUGUUCGAUCGUAUCUCUUUACGUGUAGUGUACCUACCUACCUAUAAAUAUAUACACAUACAUAACUGAACCGUUGUCGUCUUCGUCUUCGUCGCGCGUCCAAACCGAACCCCGUCGACCGUGCGGCAGACAGACCGCGGUGAUUCUCCGGCGAUAUUUUUUAACUUUCGAUUUCACGAUAAAUUGCAAUGUUGUUUGUGCGAUUUUUUGCUCGUGACGUUUUUUUUUAAAUCCAUUUGUUGGCGGUCGCAAAGAUCGCGUGCGACGACUACAUACCCAGAUCGCUAAUCGGAAAAUCAUAUUUUUUGGACGAUUAUUCACAGUCAUACUCAAUGAUGUACGAAAGCGCAUGUUCGUACCAAAGUGCAUUAGACCUGAAAAGGGUCGCGAUGUCAUCACCACCUAGUAUAAAAACAGAAAAUGACUGUCUUCCAACUACUACUCCGCAGUGGCCCUCGGUAGGAGUGGCUAGUUGUGCUUAUAGGUUUGCGUGUAAUUCCACGUUUGAGCAACUUAAACAGUCAGUAGAAAAAGCAAAAGCUGCAUUACAGGACCGUGGAAGUUACUUAUCGUCGUGUGACCUAGGUACGUCUCCUUUUUGCCCAGCAACACCGUCAUCCAGGACGACAGUGUCCACUCAUCCAACUACCAAUUCACUCGAUUUAUUUCAGGAUGAACAAAAUAAUACUGAUAAACGAAACAAUUAUAUUGAUUCAUCAAAUAGCAGAUACGAUAAAAGUUCUGGAUUAAUGCAUUUAUCAUCGUCUACUUCAAAUGGUUUAUCUUCUGUAGGAAAAUCGACGUCAUAUUUGCCAUCAUCCAUAUCAGAAUCAUUUAGAUCGUCAUCUAAAACAGAUACUCAUUACAAAGGAUCAUGGAGUACACAUUCAUCAGGGCAAACACAAGAUCCAUAUCAAAUGUUCGGGGCCACAAGCAGUCGAUUAGCUAGCUCAGGUUCUGGUCAAAUACAACUGUGGCAAUUUUUGUUGGAAUUAUUGUCUGAUAGCAGUAAUGCAGCAUGUAUAACGUGGGAAGGAACGAACGGUGAAUUUAAGUUAACCGACCCUGACGAAGUAGCGCGUAGAUGGGGUGAAAGAAAGUCUAAGCCAAACAUGAACUACGACAAAUUAAGCAGAGCAUUAAGGUAUUAUUAUGACAAAAAUAUAAUGACCAAAGUUCACGGAAAAAGGUAUGCAUACAAGUUCGACUUUCAAGGGUUGGCAGCAGCAACUCAACCAGCUGCUGCAGAUCCGUCUGCGUACAAAUAUCAAUCAGACUUGUUCAUGACAACCUAUCACCAUCAUCAUCAUCAUUCUCCGAAAUUAAACUUCAUUUCACCUCACGCACCAGGAAUAACAUCUACUGCAGGUAGCAUAUUUCCGUCAGCGUCGUCGUAUUGGACCAACCCGGGUGCCAACCUUUACUCGAACAUUGCCGCUGCGUCUGCAUCGCAUUCGAUGGGCCACCAUCACCACCACCCAGGCGCAAGCACCGGUGUCAGUCACCACACGGGAGUCUCGCCGCACCUGGCCAACUACUCGCACUACGCGUCACCAUGACCGACGGACGUACACUGGGCCGCCAGGUCACUGCAAGGCACCACAGCAGCCCGGCCGCCGCCACAUCUAUACAAGCCCACCGAAUGAAUACAAUCCUAGUGACCCUAGUCACUGUUUACGUGCUUAAUUUAACACAGCAUUGUUUUUCAUUCGUUAUAAUCGGGCGAAAACAUAAAUCCACUUUCAAACCGUUAUAUUAUAUCAUAUAACAUGUAGGUAUAACGAUAAUAAUAAUAAUAAUAAUAAUAUGAUAUAAUUAUAUAACCUACACUCAGCUAGAAUCUCCUAAGAGUGGAAAAGAGGGCUUACGAGAACGCAUAUUAAUUUCAUUAUACGCAAAUAGAUUUGAAUUGUAAACACAUACCUUUCGUCUGUACAACCCCGCUAGGUGUUGAUUAGUUUUAGUAUAUUAAAAAAGUUCUUUUAAGACGAAAAAAACUAACCACCGUCACACACCCACUUACAUUUUACACAGGUUAUGAGCUCAUGACAAUCAACUCGUAUUAACAGUGUACAGAGUACAACACUCAAAAAGUAUUAACUAAAAAUUCUCAAGUUGAAUAUCAUCAUGAUCGAUUAAUGAUCAACAUUCUAACUGUAAUUUGUACUUCGAUUUAGAACUAUGUAUAGUAUACAUUGUAUACACCUGUAUACACACUACAGGUAGACGUUUAAACGUGCUGCUGCUACAUUAUAUUUUAUCAGUCAGAUUUUGUGAUUAUAAAAACGAUGAUUUUUAUUUAGCUGGUUCUGUGAACUUAUU